ACUCGUUAUAAGAUGGCGCGACAAGCAGAAUUUAAUUAAAUUUAAUUUGAGGUUAGUUUUCAAAAAUAAAAAUAAAAAUAUUGUUUUUCUAUAAAAAUUAGUUCAAUAUUUAUUUAUUUUUGUGUUUUCGGGAGUUAAUUAAUUUUGGCCUUAAAUAUAUUUAAGUUGCUUUUGACAUGAGUAUUGUUUUGAGAAGAACACCACUAUGGUCGUGUUUACAUAAAAGUUUGUCAUCGAUUGGUGCAACCGUUGACAAGCAAGAAAUCGAAAACUUCGAAAAAAUCACUGAUGAAUGGUGGAGUCAAUUUGGUCCUACCAAAGGCCUUCAUUCUUUGAACAAAUUACGAGUUCCAUUUGUGAGAGACGGCCUAGUUAAUGAAGGUGUAGUCAGUAAAGAAUAUUUAAAUACAUCUGCACCGCUUAAAGGGUUGUCUAUAUUAGAUGUUGGAUGUGGAGGAGGCAUACUUUCAGAAUCGCUAUCAAGGUUAGGCGCAAAUGUCACUGGCAUUGAUGCCAACUCGCGCAUUAUCGACGUGGCCAAAAAACACGCCGAAAAAAAUUGUCUACAAAUAAAUUAUUGUUCUACCGCCAUCGAGGACCAUUCCCAGCAAUACAACGGAUGUUACGAUGCGGUAGUGGCAUCGGAAAUUGUAGAGCAUGUCACAGAAAAAGAUAAGUUUGUGGAAGCUUGUGCCAGGUGUCUGAAACCGUGCGGUUCCAUAUUUAUCACUACAAUAAACAAGACAUUUUGGGCAAAUCUUUUGGCGGUUUAUGUAACGGAGAACAUACUGGAGGUUGUACCAAGAGGGACUCAUCAAGUAGAAAAGUUUAUUGCGCCACACAAGUUGCAGAGAUUAUUAGAAGAUAAUAACAUACGGGCAAAAUUGAUACACGGAAUGGUUUACAACAUCGUAACAAACCGUUGGAGCUGGUGUUCAAAUAUUUCUAUAAAUUACGCUUUACAUGGAGUUAAAUUAAAGUGAUCUCUGUUUAUUUAUGUAUCGUUACAAAUUAUAUAAUUUAUAGUUUAUGUUGAAUACAUAUUUUCAAAAAAUA